AACAAAUCUAUUUCAGUUCAGGAACUCAAUUUUGUGCACAGAAACAAUGGAAAGCUUCUUUAAAAAAAUGAAACUCUCACUAGAUCCAUGAGUUUUAUCAUUAUCAAAAAAAAAAAAAAAAGAACAGGAAAAAUCAAAGCAAAAUUCAAAAACACAGCUGGAUGUAUUUAGGAUGGAAUGAGGUCAGUAUUAUCUGGCACUGAGGGAGAUGAGAAAAUAGGAGAUUCUGGUAGGAAAUGCUUCUCUUAAGACUAAAGACGAAGGAAAUGUCGUCGUCUUCAACUCUUCCGACUCCACAUAGUUUAUUUUUAAAGCACAGGAAAACUUUCUUGAAACAAAAAGGCCUUGAAAGGUUGUGAAAAAAUAAUGCCACACAAUGACGCCCUCCAGUGACAAACUGCAGUACUGCCUACAAAAAAAAAAAAAAUUAAGUUUCGGUUUCCAAUCAGCAGAAACGACACCGAGCAUUUCCUCCUCCUCUCGGACCGAGCGGCUCCUCGACCACUGCUGCUGUCCGCCUCUUGCCUUCAGGGCGGAAGCGCUCCUGGAGGAGCCAUGGAGGCUGAAAUAUUAAAAUUCAUCUGCGCUAAUCAAGGAGCAGUUGAUGCUGAAGAGUUGAUGUACAACCUUUUCCCAGGGGAGUCCACGACUGAGGUGAUUUCCAACCAAAGCAAGUUUGCCCUGUGUUCCAGCAAUGGGCAACAGAGAGUGGUGGCCAGGACCAGCCUGAGGCUGUGCAGGAAGAAGGACUGCCCGGGGACGUGCGAGGGGCUACACCUGUGUAAAAACUUCCUCUUCUCCGGCUCCUGUCACUUCCUCCAAAGAAGAGGCUGCAGUUUCCCCCACGUUCUGAACUCUGACUACAACCAAAGGCUGCUGAUAGAACAUGAGCUGGAGGGCCUGAGCAGGGCGGAGCUGUGUACGCUGCUGCUGCAGAGCGACAACUCCAUGCUACCUUCUAUAUGUCAUGAUUACAAUAACGGUGAUGGAGUAUUUGGCCGGUGUACGAACGGCGUAGAUUGUGAAAGACUCCACAUCUGCCAGAAGUUCCUGACCCAAAGCUGCACCUGCUCCAGAGCCCACGACUUUACUGCUUUUCAGCCAAAGAAGAUCCUGCACGAUAAGAUGGUGCCCGAUGACAUGCUUCGCUCGUUGAAAUCCGUUUAUGCAAAUCGAGAAGCGUUGAGGUAUUAUAACAGAGGCGGCGCUGGUAGGGGUCGCAGGGGCAACGACGGCUCCAACGAUGGACCAAAUUCAGGUCGCAGGCCGGGCUACAGAGGGAGAGGGGGGAAUAGGGGCAACCGGGGGCCCAGAGGUAGAGGUAUGAGGGGCAGCAGGGGGAAUAGAGGAAACUCCAGACAGCAAGAAACGGUCACUCAGAGUGACCUCGUGGGGGACUUUGAAUGGUGGGCUACGGUCACUGGACAAGGAUGCUUUGAAACCAAGAGUGAGCAAGGAGAUUUCAGGUCAUCCAGCAGUGACGUCUCUGGUGCUGGCUGUGACUUCGAUUCAAGAAGUGACUGUGGUUUCAGUACGGAGCAGAGGCAGUGGAACCGAGGGAGAGGGAGGACCGUCCACAGGGGGUUCAGAGGAACCAGGGGCAGCAGAGGGGGCCGCGGAAAUGGAGGUAACGACAUCACGCAGCUACGAAGCACUUCCUUUGGUGACAUCUGGGGUGAGUUCAGUGGCUUGAACCUGCACAACCAAAGCAAGAGUCCCCCGCCAAGUUUUAAUUCGUCAAACAGUGACGUCUCUGCUGCCGCUGACGACUCCGAGGCGAGCAGCAAUAGGAAGAAAAAGCGCAGUCGAAGUCGCAAUCGGACUUCAGCGAAUAAAGGGAGAGGCGGCAACCAACCAGGGCUCCGAAGAGUGUCUGCCGACGGUGAAAUGAUUGGUGCAGCUGGUGGCCAAGAGGGAAAUGGAGCAGAUGACCAGAAAGGCAGACAAAAAAACAAACCUGUCAAAGAUAAAACUGAGAUAUGCAUGUACUUCAUUAAAGGCUACUGCAAGCAUGAUGACAAAUGUUUUAAAGCUCACGACAAGAUGCCGUACAGAUGGCAGGUCCAGGAAGGAGGCCUGUGGAACGCCUUGCCUGAUAACGAGACAAUUGAAAAGGAAUACUGUGAUCCCAGAAACACGUACAGCAGCAGCAGUCCGCCUGUUCAUUUUGACACCAUGACUCGAGGAGGGGACAAAGUGCGGCGUCUCACUACGGUGAACUCUUUGGUUGAGCCGACCUUCAUUCACACCACAGAGUGGCUCUGGUACUGGCAGGACGAGUUUGGAAAGUGGAACCUGUACGGUUCAGAUAACGCCGGAAGGAAAUCAACAGACAUCAGAAGUGAAACUCUGGAGCAGAAGUUUCUGGACMAUGAGAGUGAAGUGGAGUUCUCUGCUGGCUCCCAGUCUUAUUCUCUUAGUUUCCAGGACUGGGACAAGACGCAGAUCCCUCCAACAGGAUUCUCGAGAGUUGCCGUCCCGCGCACUUCGGAUGAAUUUCAAAAGCUUGAAGCACUUUUUCGAACAACCUUGAGAGGCUUCGAUAUUAUCAAGAUAGAGAGGAUUCAGAACAAGGCGCUCUGGGAAGUCUUUCAGUGGCAAAAGACUCAGAUGAAGAACAACAACAGUGGACGUGAGGUGGAAGAAAAGCAACUUUUUCAUGGGACUGACUCGAAAUACAUCGACGCCAUUUGUCUCAACAACUUUGACUGGAGGAUCUGUGGAGUUAAUGGAACAGCUUAUGGCAAAGGAAGCUACUUUGCUCGGGACGCUAAAUACUCCCACAGCUACACUGGUGACUCUGAUGUCAAAACCAUGUUUGUGUCUCGUAUCCUGGUGGGGAGCUACACAAAAGGGGACUCCAGCUACGUCCGACCUCCUUCCAAAGACGGUGGAGACAUAAACUUCUACGACAGCUGUGUCAACGACGUCGCAAAUCCUUCCAUUUUUGUUGUCUUUGAGAAACACCAGAUCUAUCCUGAGUACCUGCUGACAUACAAAACCACACACCCACUAGUUGAGAUGUUUAGUAGUACAUCAGCACAACAAUCAAAACCAGUGAUUGCCCCUAAGCCGCCAGUGUAUCAAGCCAGUACGGCAUCAAAACAAACCAUCUCUUCUUCACAUCAAUACGGUGCGGCAUCAUAUCUAACCAGUUCAUCAUUGUAUCCACCCACUAUGGCGKCGAAUCAAACCAUCCCUUCAUAUCAACCCAGCACAGUGUCAAAACAAACCAGUUCAUCGUCAUAUCAACCCACUACUGCGUCGAAUCAADCCAUCUCUUCAUCAUAUCAACCCAGCACAGUGUCAAAACAAACCAGUUCAUCGUCAUAUCAACCCACUACUGCGUCGAAUCAAKCCAUCUCUUCAUCAUAUCAACCCAGCACAGUGUCAAAACAAACCAGUUCAUCGUCAUAUCAACCCACUACUGCGUCGAAUCAAGCCAUCUCUUCAUCAUAUCAACCCAGCACAGUGUCAAAACAAACCAGUUCAUCGUCAUAUCAACCCACUACUGCGUCGAAUCAAACCAUCUCUUCAUCAUAUCAACCCAGCGCGACGCCGUAUCUAACCCGUUCAUCAUCGUAUCAACCCAGUACAACCUCUUCACUGUACCAAACCAGAUAUGAUUCCCAACGCACCUUGUCUUCCCCAUCGUCCCCCUCAAAGCCGACCAAAAAAAAUGAUUCCUGUGUCAUAGCUUAAGCACAGCUAUGAAAUGGAAAAAAGGUCGUAAGGGAUAAGGGAGUUCAGUGAAGUUUUUUUAUUUGAACAUUAGCACAAAAAAUAUGUCAGAUCAGAAGUGGAAAUGAUAGUUUUUGAUAAGCUUACAAAAAAUUCCACCCAUAUGUAGGAAAUAAUCCAAAAACAGAAGGAUAAAUAGAAAUACAUGCAAAGGCAAAGUAGACAGUUUAAUGGAAAUAUUUGAAAUAUUUUCAUUUUAAAUGACCUAUUGCAGUGAUUUUUCAUUUAUUGCCUUAGUCUCCAUUGACAGGCAAACUAAGAGAAACGGCAGCGUUUUCCUUAGGCAGUUAGUCGUAUUUAAAUGAUACUCUGUUGACUGACGCUCACCGCCACAGAAGACUGGACUGCCAGUCUUUAAUUGUGACAUAUACUUUGUACGUAAAGGGCAUCCAUCCAUCAGUGCCACAAAAACGGUACUGUCAUCACUGGUGUUGGCAUCCCAUCUCCAGUGGGCUAUUAAAGGCUAAACGGUGAAUUCAAAAGUGAAAUAGCGAUGGAAUCUUAUCCAGUCAACUCCAAAGCUAUUUGAGGUUUCUGAAAAGAUGCUCAUGAAGACAUCUUUUUUUGUUGUUUUUUACCACAUUUUUAUCCAGACAAAAACACUACAGAUAGGCUACAUUACCAAUGCCGAAUCUGUAGAUGGCGCUGUGAUGCUGCUGCGAUAAAACAAAUGUAGCAGUAAACACCAGAAGGCGACAUGGACCAAGCGCAUAAAGUUUGCGUCAUGGAGCUACUACAAUCGAUUUGAAAACAUUUAGUUUUGGAUUGCUACAUGAUAAACACAAGAGUGGCAUUUCACAAUGUUUUUCAUUUGGAUACGCGUUUCCAGCUGUUAAUAAUCCAUUCCUUUAUGGACAAAAAGUUGAAACAAUAAGAACGAAAGCAGAGCAUUCUCAAAGCUCGUUCCCGCGUGAACGACAACGAUUUCUCUUUGAGAAAAUGUACUCUGGCUACUUUAAUGUAGGAGGAACACCUAAUGAAUCAGAUCAGACAAGUCCAGAAUUCUUGCACUGAUUUGACUGAGACACACCAGGAACAACAAGGUGGUUUCUAACCGCCCUAACUUAGCACGUUUAAUAACGUACGUCAUGUAUUCGGGGAGCAGGUAGCCACAUCGCAUUAACAAUAUCAAAAUAGACACUGCAGUGGUCUGUCAUCAGCUACUGCUUAUUAACCAAUAAAAACUUUUAUUUUUCUUUUAAAUUAUCUUCUAGCAGCCACUAGAGGGUGACAAAACCACAUGUCUUUUUAAAAAUACCAAACAUUGAUUUGCCUGAUUCAAGGUGGGGCAAAUGAAUGAUUUGGCACGAUAAGUUUAAAAUGAAGGGAGAGAAUCGCUCAGGUGCUUCUGCCAAAUGUUAUGUUGCUGUAACACUAAUCAUUCCGAUGCUUUUAGAUGCGAAUAAACUGCAAAACAAAACAAAAAUGUAAACUUUAAAGUUCUUCCCUAGAGCAGUUUCUCUACAUGUUGAACAAUACAUUCCAUCAGAUGUUGGUUAGGUUAUUGAAAUGAGACCGAGCUCCGAAAAAGGGAUCAGUGUGCUCGUCAGCGCCUCCUGUGGCAUAACACAUUAUUGCACUCAUUCAAUAUACCAAAUUGCGGUGAUUCUUUUUCCACAUAGAGAA